AUGGCUUCGCGCGAGAGCUUCGGCAAGAUUGGCUCGGACGACGAUUGGGAGGAGAUCGCAGACAACUAUUCCGUCAAGUCGCUAUCCUCUGACGAUGAAGAAGACGAGAAGCCCGCCGCCAAAGUCGACGUUUCUCCUCGCAGUCAUGCGUCUCCUACUCGACAUGCUCCUCAAGUCACUGCAAGCCACGAUGCGAACGAUGCGAACACGUCCGAUCUAGGACAUGCCCUAUCAAAGGUGGAUAUUGGCACUCAGUCUGCUCCUAGACCGACCAGCCCCGUGUCCGUCGACAAGAUGGCGGCUAUCAAGACCGUGUCUGCAUCGAAGCCAAAGGCCCCGCUGCCGCCGAGCCAGCAAGAUAUAGGACAACCUACUGCAUCGUCUCCCUGGGAAGAGUCACAACGGCCACAAUAUUCCCAUCCCCCCACGUCGGGAUACGUCUGUCGAUACACGGAAGCACCAGCCGCGACUGCAGAUAACGCCAUCCUUUCCUCUGUCACAUUCCCCGACGAAAUAACAAAACAUGGUACCUUCACACCACAAUCCAAUGCCUCAAAGACAUCUGAUGUCAGCAAUGAACCAACAUAUCCAAACCUGCCUUACAAUGAUGCAACCCAGGAGUUGGGCAGCCGGAAGCAGUUAACAAUGGGCAAAGUCACUUCCGCGCCUCUCAAGAAUCUGAACCCCCAGGAGUCGGGCCCCAGAAAAGGCGCGAAAGGCGCGCCGAGAAUUGGCGCCAUGUCGUUGGAAGGUUCUACUGAACAAGAGCGAAAGCCAAAAGAGAUGGUCUCGCAUGGUGCAUCGUCCUUUGGUGCAUCUACCCAUGACACGGUACCAGGAUCUCUUGGCGACACACUGGACCUCGACGAGACCUCCACAGAUCCCAUCGUCAUCGACAAUGCGCUACAGUCUCUUUCACGCAUGCUGCGAGAUACCAGCCCAGCACUUUGCAUAAUGCAUCUGAAGCAUGCGACAAAGGUCCUCCCUGCUUGCAAGUCUCUUCUGGCUCAGGUUGACACUCUCACACCCAUACUUGCCGUCUAUGCAGCAAAGUGCAAUCAACCCACUGCCACGGCGAGAGACGUCCCGCUGGAUGCUAGUCUGAUGAUGUGGAUCGCCUCACUGAGCCGCACUUUGUGGGAGAUUGGUUUUGAAUUCAAGAUUGUCGAGUCUAACAAUCCUGGCUCGAGCAGCCCGAAGCGUGCUCCUUCACUUGAGACGUUGGUUGGUGAGCUUGAGAGCGCCGCGAAGCAAAUGGAUGAAUUUCUCCCUAUCAUUCAAGCUGAUUUCGCCGAAUUUCAGAAGAAGCCAAAGUAUGGUUUCCCUGGUAUCACAGCGGCACCCGCACCCAACUACGAGAUCGAAACUCCCAAUGACUAUCAACGACCUCAAAUCCGGCAGACUAUGUAUGGCCUGAAAAAGGAACUGCAGCAUGCUAUUUCCAUCCUGAAAGAUUGUCAGAGAUGGCUUCCCGACGCUGCCAAGGUUAUAGUGGGCGAUGUAACUAAUGGCAUGGGCAUUCUUUUCGAUGUCGUUGGCGGCAUCAUGGCCAGCAAUGGCCCGGCGUGGAUCGAAGGCCUUACGGCGGAGACUGGGAGGCCCAGACUCAUCACCCACUCCGAGUUCGGGAACCUGGAUCCCAUCGUAAUCGAGGACUACAGCGCUCGCAUCCAACAAAUAUGCGGCUUGGUUCACAUUGACGCAGCUGAAAGCCGCACGUGGUCCGAGGAAAUGAUUCGGGAGCAUCACGUGUGCAUGCUCAUCGAGCAGCAACAAAUCGACUCGCUGGAGCACAUUGUUUCAGUCUUGAAGGGGAUGCUGCUUCGUUAA